AAAAAUGAUAACAGCUGAUAUAUUUUUUUCUUAUAGCUUUUCUAGAAAAGAGAAUGAUCGCAAAAGACAUCAACUGAAUGAGAGUUAUUUUAAUCCCCGAUAGAAAAAGAGACAAAUUCAUAAAUGUGGCCGAUACUAAUGCAAUUUUUGCGAUCAAAUGCGCCAUACAUUACAUUUCCUAUAGCAGCGGUGGUUGGAAUAAUAGGUUAUAAUUUGGAAGGCUUAUUAAGCGAUAGAUAUACACCUUAUUCAAAACCCAUACAAGACCAGAGGUUGGAGAGAUUAGAGGAUGAAUCUCUAAAGGAUCCAACAAAUGUAGAGAAAUUGAAAUAUCGGGAGAAUGUGCUUGGCAAGAAUGUGUCUCCAUCUUUACAAACAAAUUGAAAGUGUACUGUAGUUUGUGAUAUAUUUAACUGUAUUUAUUAGUAAUUGAUUAUAUGUUUUGAAUGUGGA